AUGGACCCGGAGCUCGUGGCGAAGAAGCUAGAAUACGAGGCGAAGAAGGCGCGGCUCAAAGAACUGCGAAUGCGGCUGACCUGCACCAUAUGCGGGGCAAAACCGAAGACGUUGCUCAACUGCCCCUGCGGGACGACACAGCGCGACGACCUCGACCCCCACUCCUUCGCCUUCUUCCGCGUCCGCGUGCGUUUCGCGGGAAAGUUCUGGGUCGCGUUCUCGCGGUUCUUCAUCCGCGUCAACGGCGUCCUUGCGCGCGUGCUCGACACGCGCUUCGUCGGCGACGAAUCGCGCGUGCUCCGCGAGCGGACCUGGCGCGAGGGCGACUGGGAGACGUUCGCGGGGCCCGGCGCGCCGCCGUGCGUCGACUUCGGCGGCGUCGGCGACCAGCUCGCCGCGAAGCGCCUGCCAGCGCGGCUGCCGCUCAAGUACAGGCACACGGACGAGCUCGCGCUCCCGGACGCGCCCCUCGAGCCGUCGGCGCCGGCGACCGUCGCGCCGGCCUGGCGCUUCGACGGCGCGGGCGAGGCCGUCGUGCCCGCGCGGCGCGUCGCGCUGGUCGUGCUGCGCGACGGCGGCGGCGUCGUCGCGCUCGACCCGCGCACGGGCGCGGAGCGGUGGCGCUUCCGCGCGCGCGCGACGGCCGCGGCGGCGGACGGCGAGUUCGUCGCCGCGGGCCUGGAGAGCGGCGACGUCGUGCUCUUGGACGGCGGCGGCGCCGAGCGGCGCCGCUUCGCCGCCGACAGCGCCGGCGUCUCGCGCGACGUCCGCGCGCUCGCGUUCUGCGGCGGACGCGUCGCGGCGGCGACGGCGCGCGCCGUGACCGUCGCCGACGCCGCGACGGGCGCCGUCGUCGAGCGCGUCGCCUGCGACGAGACCGUCAACGCGCUCGCCGGCGGACGGCGCUUCGCCGCGGCGACGCGGACGGGCGUGCGCGUUUUCGGCGGCGGCGACCACGCGAGCCGGGGCGCGGUCCUGGCCGCGGCCGCGUCGGGCGACGCCGUCGCCGCGGGCUGCAUCGACCGCAAGGUCCGCGUCUUCUUCCCCGGCGGCCGGCGCCGCGAGUGGACGGGCUUCUCGUCGGCCGUGGAGCGGCUGGCCUGGAGCGCGUCGGGGACGUGGCUCGCGGCCGUCGGCGGGCGCGCCGUCGCGCUGCGCCGGGACCUGCCGCCGGGCGAGGCGCCCGUGCGCUGCGCCGUCGACGCGCCGCUGGACGUCGCGUUCGACCCCGCGCGCGAGGACCGGCUGGUGGUGGGCGCGCGCGGCGGCGUCUUCGUCUUCGACCUCGGUCGCGCGGACGACGCGGUCCCGCGGCUCUGCUUUCCCGUCGCCGCCGCGCCGCCGGCGCGCGCCGUCGCGUUCUGCGGCGGCCGCGUCGUCGCCGAGGACCGGCGCGCGCAGGAGGAGGAGUCCUGCCGCAAGCUAGGGCUCAUGCUGCCGACCGAGGCGCAGCGCACGGCCGUCGCGCGGAUCCCCGGAUUCCUCUCGGCGCGCGAGUGCGACGACGUCCGCGACGUCGUCCGCGGCCUGAAGUGCGCGACGAUCGAGCGGUCCGCCGGCGGGCAGCACGUCUUCAUGGGCCCCUGGACGACGACGUACUUGCACACGGACGACCAGUUCCGCCAGCGGCUCGGCGGGCUGCGGAGCCGGCUGCUCGCCGCGGCCGUCGCCGUCGACGGCCGGGAGCGCUGGGGGCAGCUGGACGAGACGGCGGACGUCAACUUCCGCACGGCCGAGUACCACCAGUACCAGCCCGGCGGCGGCCUCCGGGACGCGCGCCACUACGACGCCGGUUCGUUGAUCACGAUGGACCUCAUGCUCGCGGCGCCGGGCGCCGACUUCGAGGGCGGCGCCUUCGUCACGCCCGAGGCCGACGGGUCCGUCGCGAGGCACGCGUUCGACAAGGGCGGGAAAAGAGUGCGAAAUUCCCAAAGGCUCCUAUCUCGGCCGUUUUCCACUCGUUUUGGCUGA